GCCCCGUCUACUACUGACGUCACUUUUACCUUCGACAACCUGUUGAACUCAAAUCAAACUUUUCAAACUCAGAUUUUGUUUAUUAUGAACACAGGUAUCCGGAUUACACCUCUCUGGAGCGCCUGUUAACGGCUUAGCAGACUGUCAGGCUGUCAGUUUAGCUCGGAUACCUGUGAGUCGUGCCAUCCUGGUCCUGGUCUGGUCCUGAUCCUGGUCCUGGAACCGUUUCGUUUCACCUGCUUUGUCCAACUGACAGUGAGCCACCAUGGCAGGUUCAACACUACAGGGUGGCAACCUGCAGGGUCUGGAUGAGGAGGAUAUUCUGGACCCAGAGUUUCAGCAGCGUUUGGAAGAUGCUCGUACUCUGCUCAGGCAGGAGAUCCAGCGGGAGUUGAAGAUCAAGGAGGCCGCCGAGAGACUACGGCGGGCCGUCACCAAUCGCAAGAGCGCAGCCGACGUGGAGGGCCAACUCAAAGCCUCGAGCCGCAAGCUGGAGAAGUUGCACUGGGAGCUGCAGGAGCUCAAUGCCAGGUCUAUGGCCACAGAGAAGGACAGCACCACAGGCUGCUUGGAGGAGGAAGACGACCUAUCAGCAGAGUCGUGUCAGUGGGAAGAGAUCACAUCACCGGUGGCCAGUCGAGUCAGGACCCUGAAGAAACAGCUCACCAUGGAGACCAAAGUCAAACAGGGCGCCGAGAACAUGAUCCAGACUUACACCAACAGCUCAGUCAAGGACAGGAAGAUGGUGACUACAGCACAGCAGAUGUUACAGGACAGUCGCACUAAGAUUGAGCUCCUGCGCAUGCAGAUUAUCAAAAUCAAUCAAGCCAGAGACGGGGAGCGGGAUGGCUCGCAUGGUCACCCCGUGGACUUGAUCGGUCGUCUGGAGCAGCGGGUUGCCGACCUCAUGCACCACAUGAAGAUUGAAUCGGCCGUAGCAGAGGGCGCCAAAAAUGUGGUGAGGCAGCUGAGUGGGCGUAAGAUCCAGGACCGUCGCGUACUUGCAGAGGCCCAGGCACGAAUGCAAGAGUCGUCUCAGAAGGUGGAUUUGUUAAAUCUCUCCCUGGAGAGACGUUUAAGCGAGCUGCCUGAGGACCAUCCGAAGCAUGCUGUCGUUGAGGAGGAACUAUCGUUGGGAUCCUCGCCUUCCUUCGGCAUACCAAAGAAACAAUCCACCGCUCUGUCCUCUUCCUCUUCUUCUUCCUUCUUCUUCAAACCAGCCAGUCUAACAGGUCGGUUGGAGGUAUGUUUGAUGGGCUGCCAAGACCUGUUGGAGUCCGUCCCGGGCCGUAGUCCUGAGACCAGCGUCUCGGCCUCGCCUGUAAGCCUCUCGGAUGGGAAGUCUCUGAAGGUGAGAGCCGGCCUGUCAGUACGCAGUACCAAUGGCAAGACAACCAAGGCCGAUGAACUCUCCUCGGAGAUAAGUGCUGUGCUGAAGGUGGACAACAGGAUAGUGGGUCACACACACUGGAGACAGCUGGGCAAGGAGGCCUGGGGCCAGAGCUUCAACAUUGAGCUGGAACGGUCCAGGGAGCUGGAAAUUGCUGUGUACUGGAGAGACUGGCGAGCGUUAAGUGGGGUGAAGUUCCUGCGGCUGGAGGAUUUCCUGGAUAACCACCGACAUGGCAUGUGUCUCCAGCUGGAGCCUCAGGGCAUCGUCUUCAUUGAGGUGACAUUUAUCAAUCCCGUCAUUGAGCGGCGCUCCAAACUCCAGAGGCAGAGGAGAAUUUUUCCUAAAGAAAAAGGGAAGGACGUCCUGCGUGCGGCCCAGAUGAACAUGAACUUUGCCACUUGGGGUCGUUUGAUGAUGAGCAUCCUGCAUCCUUCUUGCAGCUCCAUGGAGCCCAUGAGCCCUCCAUUAGCCGGCCCAAACGCCGGCCUCCCGUCGUCCACCACUCCUCCUGCACGAGAUUUUACUGAGGAACAAACCGGCAGAUCUCCACAUCGCUCAAAAAAGAGCACGAAAGACUCUCCACUGUAUGCUGGUGAGAACAAGAGCCCAAAGCCCAAGCGACAGCCCUCAAUUCAUCCAUUGCCACAGGACGGAGGACUUCAGUUGGAAGACUUCAACUGCAUUUCAGUUCUUGGGAGAGGUCACUUUGGUAAGGUGCUGCUAGCGGAGCAUAAGAAGUCAAGCAAAAUGUACGCCAUCAAAGCCCUGAAGAAAGGAGACAUCGUGACACGUGACGAAGUCGACAGCCUCAUGUGUGAAAAGAGGAUCUUUGAAGUGAUCAACACCUCCCACCAUCCUUUCUUGGUGAACCUGUAUGGCUGCUUCCAGACUGCAGACCACGUGUGCUUUGUGAUGGCCUACUCCCCCGGAGGAGACCUCAUGACUCACAUUCACACCAGCAUCUUCAAUGAGAAACAGACCCGGUUUUAUUCGGCGUGUGUGUUGCUCGGCCUGGAGUUCCUACACCAAAACAAAAUAGUUUAUAGGGAUCUGAAGCUGGAUAACCUGCUAAUGGAUGCAGAUGGUUAUGUCAGGGUAGCAGACUUUGGCUUGUGCAAAGAAGGUAUGGGCCACGGGGAUCGCACAACGACGUUCUGCGGCACGCCAGAGUUUCUGGCCCCGGAGGUGCUGACGGACAAUAACUACACCCGCAGUGUGGACUGGUGGGGGCUGGGGGUCCUCAUCUACGAGAUGAUGGUGGGGGAGUCUCCUUUCCCAGGUGAUGAUGAGGAAGAGGUGUUCGACAGCAUCGUCAACGAUGACGUGCGCUACCCUCGCUUCCUUUCUCCUGCGUCUGUGUCCCUCCUUCAAAAGCUGCUGCAGAAGGAACCUGAGAAGAGACUCGGAGGAGGAGAGGAAGACGCCUCGGAGAUCAAAAGACACAAAUUCUUUCAGGGAAUGGACUGGGCCGCUCUCUUGGCCAAAAAGAUGAAGCCUCCCUUCAUGCCGGCCAUCAGAGCGCUUAAGGACGUCAGCAACUUCGACGAGGAGUUCACUCGCCUCAAGCCGGUCCUCACCCUCCCGCGGACGCCCUGCGUCCUCACCGCCGAGCAACAAGAAGUCUUUGCUGAUUUUGACUUCUCUUACAUGAGUUGACCAAAGAUACUCCUCACCUCACCCCUCUGUGCUGCCACAUCACUGUGAAAGGCUGUUUAUACCUACUUUUAUUUUACUCUUCUGAUUCAACAGAAGCUGAGAAACUACCGUCCUGCCUUUUUCAUGUCCCCACAGUUCCAGGUUCACACUACAGAGUCCCUCAGACACUCGACGACAGGCUGCAGCCCGGCCGGACACAUUUUGACACUCGCUGGGUCUGACUUCCUUCACUUUUUUAACAUUUCUUGUGUAUGCCAAAUUGAUUUUGAACGCUUUAAUGCUGACCGUUUCUAUCAUCAAGCCAUAGGAAGGCUGAACAUUUACUGUGUACACUGUAUGAAAUGUCACCAUUGCAAUAUUUUUUACAAUUGGACAUUGUUCCAGCCGUCAGUCCAAAGUACUAGAUUGUAAAUAUGUACGUUAGUGAAAAAAACAGACUCUGAAGGCCAAAACAUGACAUUAUAUUAGCUUCUUCUUCUAUAUAGUAUAACCAUUAUAGCUCUAUCUGUUGUUAGCCUCUUAUAUGCUGUACUGAAAAUAGCCAAAUUGUUAAUGUAAGUUCUUUCAUAGAGAUUUCUCAAUCAAUACAACUGUUGUUUUAAAACAAUACUAUCAUGAAGAUAAGGCUUAUAUAGAACAUUAUGUAAAGUGUAAACUACAUGAAGGAAAUAUUAAUGAAUAAAUGUGUACCUGCUGGACUUUUAAUGACCAGGAAACUCUUCAUGAAACAUUUAUGUAUUGAUGUAUACAGUCAUUUUCAAAGUAGUAAAAACAUUGCAUAUAAUUCAAAAGUACAUGACAUGAUUAAAUGUUAAUUUGUAUAAAACCA